AGAAAAGAAAAGAAAGAAAGAAAGAAAGAAAGAAAGAAAGAAAGAAAGAAAGAAAGAAAGAAAGAAAGAAAGAAAGAAAAGAAAAAAGAUAGAAGAAGAAAGAUGGAGAAGAAUGUGAUCAAGAAAUUUCUCUUCCAACUCCUUACUUCUCACUGUGUCCUGGAGGAAGGGAAGGGUUAAGGCAGGUGACAGGCAGGGAAGGCAAGGGCAGAGGCAGCAGUGCGGGAGGGAAGGCCAGGGACAGGGGAUGAGAGGCCAGACAGGCCCAUGGGGGCUGGGCUGCCAAGCUUCUGGAAAGGGGGCCGGCUUGAGCAAAAGCUGGAUGGCGAUCUGACGGCUGGCUCAGGGCACGGAGCUGGGGAGGCCUCUGAGCAGCAUGCAGAGGACCCUGCCAGGAGAAGGAACAAGGGCUGACAGCCUGCCAGGUCCAGCAUGAACUGAAAUUUCAGGAGCCUGGGUUCUGGCUGGCAAAAAAUGGCUUCUCCAUGGAAAAUCUCAAGGCAACGGAAGGAGAAAUCUGUCUCAUCUGGCCAGGAUCAAGGACCAAAGGAGGUUCUAUUCUGAGAGUCAGAACCCUGCCUCGGGACACCCCGGGUCCUGAGCCCCCCCAGCAAGUGCCUGUCACGAAGUAGAGACUUGCUGCAAGAUGACGGACAGGCUGCCAGGGAAACCACGGGGAUUGAUCCCAGGGACAGACAUGGCCUGGAGUGAAGGACGGGCUUUUUACAUGAAAUGAGAGAAUGGACGUCAUAAACCAGGACCACGCUCCUGUUUUCGUCGCUUCCUGUCCUUCUGUGUGUGCUGACAACAGCCAACUCAAAAGCAGAAGCCUCGGGCGAUGCCCAGAAGACAUGCCCAGCAAUCACCUGCGCCAUCCCGGGCAGAGAUGGACGAGACGAACCCAAGGGAGAAAAGGGCGAGCCAGGGCAAGGGCUCCGGGUUUACAGGGCCCUCCAGGAAAAAUGGGGCCUCCAGGAGAUAUCGGGGCUCCUGGGGCUUCAGGACCAAAGGGCCCCAAAGGAGACCGUGGAGAUAGUUCAGUUGCUGAGACGAAGCUGGCUAACCUAGAGAGGGAGGUAAGGAGUCUGAAAUCAGAACUGGACCACGUCAAAAAGUUGCAAACAUUCUCCUUGGGCAAAAAGACUGGGAAGAAGCUCUACAUGACCAAUGGUGAAACAAUGCCUUUUUCCAAAGUGAAGGCUCUGUGUGCCGAGCUCCAGGGCACUGUGGCCACCCCUAAGAAUGCCGAGGAGAACGAAGCCAUCCAGAAUGUGGCCAAGAACUUGGCCUUCCUGGGCAUCACGGACGAGGUGACUGAAGGCCAGUUUAUGUAUGUGACAGGAGGGAGGCUGACCUACAGCAACUGGAAGACAAAUGAGCCUAACGACCAUGACUCCGGGGAGGACUGUGUGACCAUCCUCGAGGACGGGCUCUGGAAUGACAUUUCCUGCCACUCCUCCUUCCUGGCCGUCUGUGAAUUCCCAGCCUGAGGAGGCAGCUUCCUCAGCCCUCUCCUGGCCUUCCUUCUGUGUCCCCUGUGGCUCUGAAAGGGAAUUCAUGGCCCCCCUAAUGUUGACUCAUUCCUUCAUGGGGAUGGGAGGGAAAUAAAGGGGAAGUGUGUGUGGGAUGAGGAAGCAAAGAGAAGUUGACAGUGGGCCUCGAGGGUUUCUGGUCCUUCCUAAGAGCGCAGCAGCAGGUCAGAGUCGGCCAUGGAAAGGGCAAAGUCAACCCCCUCUUUCCUCAGUGAGGACCCCACGGCCCACCAGAGGGACCAGUGGAGGGCCAGUCUGUGUCAGGGCAGUAGACCUCAGCCUCCAGGAGAUGCAGUUCCUUCUCCCCUGCGUGUUGCCACUACUGGAUGCCAACGUCUCCUGCCCUCUGUGCCUGCCCAUGGCUAGCCCAGCCCGGUCUGUGAUGUGGGUGCUGUUAGAGUUAUCUACGAGCUGCGCCCGGAAGCCUUGCCCCACCAGACUGGAACAUCCAGUAGUAUCCCCCGUGGGUAACGAGGCUUCGUGCCAAGAGUCCCCUUACCCUGCGCAAGUGCUCAUGGCCUCCCUAUCAUCACUAGGGUGAUCUUGAGGACAAAGAGCAGCCUUUCCCUCCUGCAUACUUUGGGGACACUGAUUUGAUAUCGUGACGUAUGCCAGCAUCACAGAGGAGGCAAUGCUCAGGUGGGUUGUGUCUGUCUCCACGGAGCCCGUCUCAGUCCCUCCACGUUCCGCAUCCCCUUCCUUCUGGGACACCCUCGUCCCAGCCUGUCAAAUGAUCUAGCAUCAUUCAAAUUAUGGAUGUCACCCCGUCCGAUUACGCAGCAGCAUCCGGUCAGGAGAUAAAACCUCCCUCUGAGCAGGGUUCUAUUGCCAUGUUGGCCAGCAACCCUGCUCAUGACCAGGGAUGGUUUCCGGGAACCCCAGAGUAAGUGGAGCUGAGAUUAUACAGAGCCCAUGUGGCAAACUGGGGGAGGAAAGUGAAUUCCAGCUUCAAGCGUAUGCCAUUCACAAAAUGAGAUUAGAAA